GCACGUGCAGUGAGUAAAGCGGCGUGCGGCUGCUAUUCAUAUUCUGUUAGCUUCUGACCGUCGAUACAAUGAAGUCAUUGCUGCUUUUCUUUACAUUGUCACGAUCGACGAUCAACGAACUGGUUGCCAUUCAUUGUUGAUAGCCCUGUGGGAAUAACCGACGCUCAUACCGUGGCCUACUAUUGAUGAGUAUGCGAUUGUUGUCGCCGUCAUAAACGGGAUCCUCUCCUGCGUCUUCCAUCUCGACACAACUACUCUAGGUAAUUUUGCAGACCUUCCGUCCUCGCUCUAUUGCAGGGCGUUUGCCCUUGGGCCAGAACUAUCCUCCGCGACUCCCCAUGCACAAAUGCAUACAUGGCGCGCUCCGGCCACUCUGUGCCGUACUAAUUCCUAGACCCAACCCCGGCCUAUUACCGACAAGAUGCUCCCGGACGAUCAAGACCACCGCCCGCCGGUUAGCCAUUGCUCCAGGACCGAACAAAGACCAGAAUGCAGGCUCUAGUCCCCCGAGCGGAGACUCUCCCCCGAAGCCACCGUCAAUGGAAGAUGUUCUUGCCGGCAUGGACCCGAAGGACAACCCGCUCCUUGCCCCCGUUCAUAUCCCCGACGAUGCGAACGCCGUCUUAAAGCCGGAGCAUCCGGCGGCUGAUAUCCUAUCGCAGUCGGGCAUAGUGGUGCAAAGACAAAUAGAGCUGGCGAACUUGUUGGUAGGAUUUGAACAAGCCAACCGCUAUGUGAUACUCGAUCCGCAUGGCAACCAUCUGGGGUUCAUGGCAGAACACGACGGGGGAAUCGGAAAAGCCAUGUCGAGACAAUGGUUCAAGACGCAUCGGGCCUUCACAACACACGUCUUCGACAUGUAUGGUAAGGAGGUGUUGAGGUUUCACCGGCCUUUCUCAUGGAUCAAGACCCGUAUACGGGUGUAUGACCCGCUGGUCCCCGUGGGUGCGGAGGUGAACCCCCAAACAUCCGCGGUUGUGACGCGCGAGCCCGAUCUCACAGCCAUGCAACAACUUUCCGACCUCCCUAUGGAGCGAAUGCGCGUGAUAGGUGAAGCCCACUCCGAAUGGGCACCGCUUCGUCGGAAGUACAACUUGUUCCUCUCACAUUACCCCGUCUUAGACGAGCUUGGGCCGGGAGCGAUGGGAUCUACAAGUGUCACUGAUUUAUCCAACAUGCAACGAUACCAGUCCGCGCAGUUACACGGAGUUACUGGGGCGGUGGAGUUCACACAAUUCGCAGCUAUCGACGAGCCAUUUUUGUCAUGGGAUUUCAACUUGUUGGAUGAAAACGGGCGUCUGAUCGGCUCUAUCAAUCGUGGCUUUCGCGGCUUUGCUCGAGAAAUAUUCACCGACACAGGCAGUUACAUGCUAAGGAUGGACGCAGCCGGUGCGGACGAAGAUCCACAGAAACACACGCCCACCGGCCCUGCAUACACAGAAGUAUUGGGGGGCCGAGGCGGAAGCUAUGGCUUAACGUUAGAUCAGAGGGCGGUGAUGCUGGCGACGGCGGUCAACAUCGACUACGACUACUUCUCCCGUCAUAGUGGCCAUGGUGGGUUUAUCUUCCCUGUAUGGCUGGGUGGCGGCGGAGGAGAAGCGGCCGGAGCAGGCGCUGGAGCAGCUGGGGCAGCUGGUGCCGGUGAAGCCGCUGGUGCCGCUGUGGGAGCCGGUGAUGCCGUUGGCGGCGCUGUAGUCGGUGGUGCUGGUCGUGCCGUUGGAUCAGCCGCAGGAGGCAUGGGAGCAGGCGAGGGUGCGAUUGCGGGUGCAGGAACCAUGGCGGGAUAUGAAGCGAUGCAAAGAGGUGUUGGACGAGGGCCACGAGCCCCAGAACCUGAACCAGCACCAGAAGUCAGCCCUCACGAACAACCCUAUGAUGAGCCUUACGACCCUUACAAUCCCCGGGCGCCACCACCAGAAGCCAAUCCUCAAGAGCCACCGUACGGUGAACCUCACGACCCCCAGUCUCCGCAGAGUGGAUUUGAUGGACCAAAUGAAGGCGGUGAUGUCUGGGGUUCUAACGACGCAGACCCCUGGAGUGGCGGCAGUGGUGCGGGCGAAUCGGGCGGUGGUGAAGGCGGAGGAGCACUACAGAAACUUUGGGAUGCAUUCUUCGGCGAUUGAUCGGUGGAGAAACAGGGUAGUCUGGCCUUCGGCAAAAGUGGUACAUUUCACGCAUGAGUUCGGAUUCAGCUGUACCUCAAGCUAUGUGGGAGGCAUAAUGUCAGGCGGCCCCCGGUUUUUGCCGGCCGCGCUGCCCUUAAUAUGAAAAAGUACGCGACUCCACGAACUUUAGCAGCAGCUCGCUGGCUGAUUUCAUAAUGUUUACCUGCAAUAGCAACAACCAGCGGCGGGCACAGUGCUGUACAAUACUCAUUGUACAGUGGUAGUAUACCUAGAUACCUGUAGCGAGGAUAUUCAACAUCAUGUGAUCAACGGGACAGUAGCCUGAUAUCACGUGAAAGAAGCAAUCUUACAUAAUGGGUCUCACGUGACAAUAAAGCACAUGACCGCAA